AUGAAUUCUUUCAAGUCCUAUGGAAAGGUCGACGAGGCUGAUCAAAUCAAGCUUGAUGCCAAAAGGAAAACACGAAAAAGAAUCGCUGUUGUUGCCAUAUCGUCUCUCAUUCUCGUUAUCAUCGUUGUUUCAGCCGUUGCCGGAACCACCGGUAGCAAAGACAACAACCAUAAUGGUGGCGAAUCACAAUCUCCAUCAUCAAUGGCUUCUAUUAAAGCAGUUUGCGAUACCACUUUAUAUCCCAAUACCUGUUUCACCUCCCUCUCCCCUCGUGUCAACUCGACCCAUGUUCAGCUUGAUAAGUUACUCAAACUCUCUGUUAUAGUCGCCAUUGAUGAGCUCUCCAAAGCUUACACACUUUUGGAGCUCAAGAACUGCAGUGAACUACUGGGUCUUGCCCUAGAUCAUCUGAAUGAUUCCUUAUCAGCAACUGAUGUCGAUUUGAAUUCGAUAAAAGAUCUGUUAGAUGAUCUUAUGACGUGGAUAAGUGCUGCUGGCACAUUUCAGCAAACAUGCAUCGAUAGUGUUGAAGAAAAUGUUAUGGGUUACCUUCAGAAAUCCACAGAGUUAACCAGCAACAGUCUUGCAAUCAUAAAAGGGUUUUCAAAUGUUGCAAAUUCUUAUAUCCAAAGAAGAAGAUUGAUGAGUUUAUCGAGCGACGAAAUGCCCGAAUGGUUGUCGUUUAAAGACCGGAAACUGCUACAGAAGACAAAGUUACCUGCUGGAAUCAAAGCCGAUGUGGUGGUGGCUCAGGAUGGAUCCGGCAAGUUCAAGAAAAUUUCCGAUGCUCUUAAAGCCGUUCCUGAUAAGAGCACGAAAAGAUUCGUGAUUUACGUGAAGAAGGGAAUUUACUACGAGAAUGUUAGGGUUGAAAAACCAAAAUGGAACGUUAUGAUGAUUGGUGAUGGAAUGGAUUCGACGAUUGUAUCUGGAAGAUUAAACGUCGUAGAUGGCACUCCUACGUUUUCGUCGGCAACUUUCGCUGUAUUCGGCAAAGGGUUUAUAGCCCGCGAUAUGGGCUUUCGCAACACGGCUGGUGCAAUCAAGCACCAGGCGGUCGCACUGAUGUCGACGGCCGACCAAUCAGCCUUCUACCGUUGCCGAAUUGAUGCUUUCCAAGACUCUUUAUACGCACACUCGAACCGCCAGUUUUAUAGAGAAUGCAAUAUCUAUGGCACAGUAGACUUCAUCUUUGGCAACUCGGCAGUUGUUCUUCAAAACUGCAACAUUCUUCCACGACGACCAAUGACCGGCCAACAAAACACGAUCACGGCACAAGGCAAGUUUGAUCCUAAUCAAAACACGGGAAUUUCUAUCGAAAGCUGCACCAUUUGGCCAUACGGAAACUUGAGUGAUGUUAGCACGUUUCUUGGACGGCCAUGGAAGAACCAUUCGACUACAGUCUAUGCUAACAAUAUGAUGGGAAGUUUGAUUGAUCCAAAGGGAUGGUUACCAUGGGUGGGAACAACAGCUCCAAACACCAUAUUUUAUGCAGAAUUUGCAAAUUAUGGUCCAGGUGCAGAUACAAAGAAGAGGGUUAAUUGGAAAGGAUUGAAGUUUAUAACGAAGAAACAAGCGAGUAAGUUUAGUGUGAAAUCAUUUAUCGAAGGGGAUAAGUGGAUUAAAGCUACGGGUGUUCCAUACAAAUCUGGACUCUGAUAGCAACUUGAGUCUGUACUUUGUUUCUAUCUUUGGGUUUCUUCUGUUAUUCAUAUUCAUUUUGUAAGGGAUCACAUAUAUAUAUAUAUAUACAUCAUGUAUUGUUUUCAACGUGUCUGCAACACGUGACAUAAUAAUAUAUCAGUAAAAGAGUAAAUUUUGG